CCCGAGGCACGAGCGCAUCCUCGUCCGCUCGCGACAUCGCGACAAUGUCCUUUUCUGCGCCGCGUACACGAAGUCGGUGUCCCCCUGUCUCCCCGAAGUGCUCCCGCGGAAUUACGGCGCUUUGAUCCAUCCCUUGACAACCGACUGGUAGAUCGUCAGGAUGGGCACGACGAACGCACAGACGGAUUCGGAGAACGGCACCGAACAGGCAAAUCCCGGUGGAAAUUCGAUAGAGGCCUUCUUCGCAGAAUCCGUGAUUUUGGUAACUGGUGCUACGGGCUUUCUCGGGAAAGCUCUCCUGGAGAAGCUUUUGCGCUCCUGUCCACGACUGGCCACCAUUUUCGUACUUAUCCGUCCUAAGAAGGGACAAACCGUUCAACAGCGACACGAGGAAUUACUUAACAACUCGGUGUUCGACAGGAUCCGAUGGGAAUUCCCUACUGCUCUUGGAAAAAUUGUCCCGAUCAAAGGCGACGUCAGCCAGCCGGACCUGGGCCUUAGUACCGAAGACAGAGUCAUGCUGAUUCAAAGGGUUAAUAUUGUUUUCCAUAGUGCCGCUACGGUGAGAUUCGAUGAACCUCUUAAAGUCGCCGUGAACCUGAACACGAAAGGCACCGCGCGAAUGAUAGAGCUCUGCAAGAGCAUGUUGAAUCUCAUCAGUUUUGUCCACGUUAGCACGGCGUACAGCAACGCCGAUCAGGAAGAUAUCAAGGAAAUCAUUUACAGCGCGAAGGUGAAACCACAGGCAGUUAUCGACAUGUGCGAGAAUCUUGACGACGACACUAUCGGGAUAAUCGAGAAACGACUAAUGGGAAAACAUCCUAAUACUUACACACUGACGAAAGGGUUGGCAGAAGAGAUGAUACUUACUAGAGGAUCUGAACUUCCGGUUGCUAUCGUAAGGCCGAGCAUAGUUUGCGCGGCUUAUCAAGAACCCUUUCCAGGCUGGGUGGACAACGUUUGCGGAAUUACCGGAAUUAUGAUGGAGAUCGGAAGAGGUACCAUCAGAAGCAUUGUCUGCAACGCCAAUUUGGUCGUAGACGUCGUACCUGUGGAUUACGUCGUUGAUACUCUAAUCUGUGCGGCGUGGCACAGUGCAUUAAGAAGAACUAACACAAUUAAAGUAUACAAUUGCACGAGCGGACCUUUCAAUCCCAUCAGGUGGGCGGAAUUUGGUCAGCUGACUCAAAAGCACGCGAUAGACUCGCCAUCGAAGUACGUCAUGUGGUAUCCAGGCUUCACAUUCAGGACGAACAAAUUCAUUCACAAACUUAUGGUCACCUUGUUGCACUUCCUACCGGCAUUUGUGAUCGAUCUGGGCCUACAAUUCCAAGGAGGCAAGCCGAUGAUGAUGAAAAUCUCAAAGCGCUUCGAACGCGCGGCGAAGACUGGGGAGUUCUUUGCGAUCAACGAGUGGGAGUUCCACGCGGAGAAUAUGAAAGAUCUGGCGAAAAACGUUCAAGCCUCCAGCGACGCCAGCAGGUUCAACGUAGACAUCACUAGUCUAGAUUGGGACUCUUAUGUGCACCAGUAUAUGCUGGGAAUAAGGAAAUACAUUUUAAAGGACGGCCCAGACACCUUGAGCAGAGCCAGAAGCAGACUCACGAAAUUAUACUGGGCGCAUAAAUUCACGCAAAUGUUCAGCGUAUGCGUGUUGGUUAAUUUGGUGGCCAGAAUUGGUAGGUGAUGUUUGAGAAAGUUUCUCAGAAAAUCUCUUAUAAGUACUCUGUCUAAGCUCGCUGCUGUUGUACGGCUCUCAAAAUCGAAAACGUAUAAUCUAAGGACGGAUAUUCGCUUCUCCUUUGGUGAACAGAUUCGAGUAACGCGUGUCACGCCGUAUACCGCGUGUAAUCGCUUUAACACGGGUGUACCAUAUAAGUACUUCGGAAAUAAUAAGUUCAUUUAAACUGAGAACAGUGUUCGAGUGUUGAACUAUCGCGAUUUAGGAUAACGCUGAAGAAAGUACGUUCCAAAAUGUGUUCAAAGCAUGACGAACAACUUGUCGCAUAUCAGGCACUCUGAACAUUACUCGUUAACAUAAUUAGACAUUAGGAAAAUCAUUUCCAACAUAACAUAUCGUAAUCUAAGACCUUUUUCCCAAGUGUGGAGGGCAAUUUUUAUAGCCCAUUCAAAAGAGAAGAAAAAUCAGUAACUCUCACGGAUGACAGUCCAAUCUCGUUAUCAUGAAAACCAAAGUUCGCGGGAUUUUUCUACAAAUUGUAUUUGACUUUUCCGAAAGCUGCGCCAAGAAACGAGAACUUUAUGGCCCAUUUUGGAACGUACCUGUAGAAGUUGUUCAACUUAAAGGAAAUUAGACGCAGUAGGGCGACGGUCAUACUGGGAACAUUUAACGACCAACGACAUUGAUUUUUGCUACCGGCAGGUGUAUGCGUACGGUUGUUGCGUGAUACCACGUCGUUUGCUUUUAAAUUAUUGUAACUCAAUCGUCACGCUUUCUCCAGACAUUCUAGUUGCACAGCACACCGUCGAGGGUGGAUGAAGUUCGGAACGUUCUGCGAGUACCGAUUUCUUUGAUCUUUCACGUAAAAUCCAUUGACUCGUGCAAGCUCAGCUGAAGACAUCACCAACACCUUCACUGAAUGUCCUGGAAAAAAAAAACGUACCAAAAAUAUUGGCUUUAUUCUAGAAUAGGAAAGAUCUCAAAUUGACAUUCGAUAGAUUAAAUUCAGAAUAACGAGGAGAAAUGAGCAAGUACUAAUCCCAAAUUUGAAAAACGAGGGCAUCGAGCGUUCCGAAAUUCAACGACAAAAAUCGACUCGAAAUACCUCUUAAAGAAGGGAGGCAGGGCACGCAUUUUUCAGGGCAUGGGACACCAAAAACGUGUUCCAGCCCAGGGAAUCGGGUACAUUUUCAACUUGUAAUUCCUAAACUACAUCCUCUACUAUUCCUUAAACUCCCAGGACUCAGGUUUCUGGUGGAAAAGUUAUUAAUCAUCGAUCGAUCGUCUCUCGAAAUCUUGGAACGCCUCUGUACCUUUUCCGCUGCCUCGCUGGUCCCUGUUACUAAGUGCCGCUUAGCCACUUAUAAUAAACUAUUUAUCUAGGUUUAAUAAUACGACACUUGAGAAUCAAAAGUGCUGCGUAUUACGUAAUCGAGUCACUCAAGCCACGUUGGUACCAUUGCAAAGACUGACCCUAACGAAGAACCCUUCGCGGCCGGUCGACGAAGGGGAGAGUGCUUAAUCUGUUUCCUUUUUCUAUUUUUCUCCUACAUUUCCUGGUAAUUAAGUUACUCUGCGAUAUCUAGGAUAGACGAGAAACAAACUGCCGUAGUACUAGCCUGAGUUAGACUUAAAGCUAUCGCCCACUAGCGACAAAUAACGGCCAAAAUUGCAACUAUUGGUCGCGAAAGUUGUUGAAGUAACGACCAUGACCAGCCGUUACGGCCAGGAAUGCUUUCAAUUUUACAUUCGGCAGAAGAAAAAUUAAACACGGAACAGAGGGAAUAUUCUCUCAGAAAAUCAUGGAUUUUAAUGCUCGAAAGUCACGUGGAAAUUAGCCGGAAAUUGCAAACAGAAAUCCCUGGAAAUCAUUGGAAAUCACCUAAACAUUGCCACAAUUUUAUGGCCGACUCUCACUUCUUACCGUGUCGCAUUGUUGUUUGUCAUAUAAAAUCAAAGGUAAUCGAUUCUUGAAGAUGGAAAUCGUUUUCACUUAUUUCCGAGGAAAUAGCCUCUUCGCACGAAACAGACAGCAGCAGUUUGGCAUUUAAGAAAACGACCAAAUAAGGAAAAAAAGAGAUAUCGGGCGCAUGCUGCGUCAGAAAGACAUGAUGGAUUUGUUUUCAUCAUUUUACUAAGAACUUAGUCAACUUUAAACCAUACAGCUAGACGGAUUUAAAUUUCAGUUACGAAAAGGUCCGUAUCAAACGUGAUGUUAUUUUUAUUUAAAUAAUUCCUUAGAAAUUGUCAAACGCACCCGCACGUGGUGACAUGAAAACUGGUCGCUCUGUUUAAACUGCCCCUGGACUAUGUACCAUUUGUGCCUAUGUGAAUACUUGGUCAUUGCGACAUCUUGGCCACUUGAAGGCUGUUUAACAUUUUGCCCACUAAAGGCGUUCGACGUUUGGUCGAAUAUUGCCUGCGCGGUCAGACGAAUUUCGCCCAUAUGUCGAAACUCCGUAUUCAAAGGGACAAAACGUAUUGAAACGACUCUCGGUUGUCGUGCGAUCAUUGGUCGCAAUUUUAGUUGCAAUUUUGGUUGAAAAUUUGGCUGCAUAUUUGCCCGCUAAUGGACGGUAGCCCUUAAGGCGAU